GAAAGGAAUAUAACAGUGGACAUUGUUUUUCUUGUUUUUCUUUUUUUCUUUUAGGAAAGUCAAAUUCUUGAGUACUGCUGCCAAGGAAACAACACCAGUCUCGGUUGCUAUACCAAGAGACCUUAAGAGAUGUUGAAUCCGGCCAACGAUCUGUUACCGCCGCCGUCGUCUCCGACCAAUUCAUCCAUUUCCUCCUCCGAUCUCGACACCGAGUCUACAGGUUCGUUCUUCCAUGACAGGAGCACCAGCUUGGGAACUCUAAUGGGUGUUAGUUUCCCGGCGAUUACCUUCCGAGUGCCCUCCCAGAACCGAGACCAACACACCGCCGCGACCAACGCCGCUGGUGGCGGUUCCCGCAAGAGUAAGAAGCCAAAAAGAAAAACGACGGCAGCGCCGGCACUGGUCGCAGAUCGGAAACGGCGGUGGUGGCGGCUAUGCAGGGAUGACGGUGUUAAGCCGGCGUCUCUGGGCGAGUUUCUUGAGGUGGAACGGCGAUUUGGGGACGGUGCUUUCUUCGACAACGCGGUGGAUCUGGAAGGCGUAGUUUCGGCGGAUCAGCAGAGGAAUGGCCGGUAUUUGUUCGCCGAUGGGAGGGUUCUUCCGCCGGCCCAAACGGAGGAAGAUACGUCUGCGGCCGGCGCUCUGUGCCGAUUUUCUGUAUCACUCACCGGGAUUUGCAGCGGCGGUGCCGGCUAAAAUGUGGGAUUUGAUUUGUCAGGGUAUAUUUAAAAUCUUAUAUUAUAUUUAAUUAAUCAAACGCUUGAAUUAAGGUGGAAGAAAAAAGAAAAAAAAAAUGUCACCUUUAUCGUGUAGGUGACCCUCUUUUUUUAAUUUCCUUUAAUCAACUCACAGGUUACUUCUAUC